AAAGGUAUUGAAAUAAUCUAAUGUUUAUUUUUAAAUAAAUAGGUAAACUAAUGGGUAAACAUAGAGAAACUCGUAAACGCUGGAAGAAAUUACAAAGAAAAAGAAAAAGACAGGUUGCUGCAAUUGAAUAUAAAAAAAUACAAUUAAAAUUUGAAGAAGAACGUUCAAAAUCCCCGUCUUAUCAAUUGUGGCUAAAAAAUCAAAAUGAGCUUGAAGAAUUUCAAGAAAAAGAAAGCAAACGAAUAGAAUUUGAAGAAUAUAAAAAAUGGGAAGAGAAAGAAUUGCAGGCUAUGAUAGAAUGGGAACUAUUACAAAAGAAGUUAGAGAAUUUAAAACAAGAAAAAGCUAAAAAAGAAUUACUAAUUAAAGAAGAAUGGGAACGUGAACAAAAAAAAAUUAAAGAUAAUGAAGAAAAAAGGAUUGCAGCAGAAAAAUACCAGGAAGAGAUAAAUAGAAAAUUUAUGGAAGAAAUUGAGAUGUAUAUCAGUGGCUUAGGUCCUCUACCUAGUUCAUUAGAAACCUAUUCAAACACCAGACCUGAUCAGCCACUUUGUCCAUUUUUUUCUAAAGUAGCUGCUUGUAGGUUUCGAGAUAACUGUUCCAGAAAUCAUUGUCGACCUAGUUUAAGUGACACUUUAUUAAUUCCAAAUUUUUAUAAGAAUUUUGAACUAAAUAUGCGAUAUGAACGAGAAUUUGAUAUUGAUAUUGGGUUAGAAUGUGAUGAAAAAGAAGCAUAUGAAAAGUUUUAUGAAUUUUAUGAUGACAUAGUAUCUGAACUUAAAAGUUAUGGAAAAAUUAUUGAGCUUAAUGUAUGUAGAAAUCAUGAACAACACCUUCUAGGUAAUGUGUAUGUGCAAUAUAGAAGUAAACGAUAUGCUCUGAAAGCUUAUAGAUCAUUAUGUGGACGUUAUUAUGGUGGUCGUCAAAUAACUGCUGAGUUUUGUAAUAUCCCUUCUUGGUCUGAAGCAAUUUGUGGACUAUUUUUCAGAAAAUUAUGUCCAAAAGGAAAAAAUUGUAAUUACUUACAUUUAUACAAAAACCCAGGAUUUAAGUACCAAUCAAAACACAACAGAAAACAAGAUGAAAAAUUAAAAAGUAUUAAUGAAGAUAAUACUGGUGGUAAUUUAAAUAGAAGAGAUCGGUCAGAUAGUCGUAAUAGUUCAAGAAAUUUAAAAACUAAUAAUUCUUUUGACAGAAAUAAAAGACAUAACUGCACAUCUGAAAAAAAUAAAAUUAAGAAAUCUAAAUGGGAAAAUUCUCCUAACAAACAUGAUAAAAACUUAGAAGUAUUCAACUGGUCUAGUGAUGACGACUGAAAAUGCAGAAAAAAAAAUUAUUCUAUACAUUUUAUAAGAUCUAGAAAACUGUAUUAUUGAUCAUUUUAAAAAGAUAUUUUUAGAAAUUAAAAUUUUUCAUUAUACUUAUAAUAAUAACUUAACCUUAACUGUGAAGUAUUAAAGCAUUAU